GGGAUUUCCGCAAUAAUAUCAAGUAUGGCGAAGACGUACGACUAUUUGUUUAAAUUACUGUUAAUCGGCGACUCUGGUGUCGGGAAGACCUGUGUCCUGUUCAGGUUUUCAGAAGACGCCUUCAACUCAACGUUUAUCUCCACUAUAGGAAUUGAUUUCAAGAUUAGGACAAUAGAGCUCGACGGCAAGAAGAUAAAGUUGCAGAUAUGGGACACGGCUGGCCAGGAGCGCUUCCGGACAAUCACAACAGCCUAUUACAGAGGAGCAAUGGGCAUCAUGCUUGUCUACGACAUCACCAACGAGAAGUCUUUUGACAACAUCAAGAAUUGGAUUAGAAACAUAGAGGAGCAUGCAUCAGCUGAUGUUGAGAAGAUGGUCCUUGGCAACAAGUGUGACAUCAAUGACAAGCGACAGGUGUCCAAAGAAAGGGGGGAGAAGCUUGCACUGGAGUAUGGAAUAAAGUUCAUGGAGACCAGCGCAAAGGCCAACAUCAACGUGGAGAAUGCAUUUCUGACGCUUGCAAGAGACAUCAAAUCAAAAAUGGACACAAAAUUGGAGGGCAACACGCCACAGGGGACCAGCCACGGAGUCAAGAUCUCAGAGCCCCAGAAAAAGACCAGCUUCUUCCGCUGUAGCUUACUCUGAGGACUGAAGCCUUCAACGACUGGCUGCCAGCUGGCUGGACAAACGGACUGUGCUUGCUUUUAGCACUUCCUUACCCUUCCCUGUCUUCCCCCUUCCAUGGCCCGUCCUCCCAGUCCACGCACAAACCAUUAAAUUCCAAGUAAGCAGAGGAGCUCCCUCCUCUCUUCCUCUUCUGAAAGCUUCCAGUGGCGCAUCUCUUCCAUUUUGAGGAGAUUUUUUGUCUUCAUGGGUCAGAGUGCUUGACUGGUCGAGGACUCAGCCAGGGGCAUUCUCCACAUGUUCCUUUUCACAGAAAAAACAAGCUCUUACUCCUGAUGUUAGUCUCUUUGUACUACACACACAGUCAUACUUCACACAGCCAGUAGCACAACCAAGGAUGACAAAUCGUUAAAUUAAUGUCAAAGUUCUGGGAUUGCAAAUACAAGAAGUAAUAUCUAGAUCUAUUUUUUACUAGUGCUCUUUACCUUUUUAUGCUAUAAAUUUGAACCAGAGACCGAAAGGCUUGAACUGUAGUGAAACAGAGUUGCACAUGCUUUCAUUUUAUUUCAGCUACUCAGAAUCAUAUCACACAGAAAGUGGUCACAGAUCAGAGAAGAAUUAGAUUGAAAGAUUUUCUUUGGCUUGCGUGUCAUCUUUAGCAAUCAGUCGAUGUGUUUCAUCUUGUCCCAAUCAUUACACACUGCCUCCAACUUUGUUUAACCUCUCUGCAAUAGCUUCCAGGUGCCGGAAAGCAGUUUGGCAAUACACUAUCAAGAAAUACAAUCCAGAUUUCUGACUGUUUAGAUAAAGUACUGCUGUCAGAUGAUUAUCAGAGUGGUGUUGACAUAACAUGUUUGUGCUCAAGCUUUGUGAGGUUAAAAAAGCUGCAAGAAAUUACUGUCAAUUGAAAUUGCUUGUUACAUAAUUGUUCACAGGAAAAUACUUCAAAACUUUGUUCUACAAUUAUACUGACAGAAAUAUCACAGCAUUCACACUUUUAAUGUAUAAUCAUCCAAGUUCUAUGUAAUUACAGCCUAUAUUUGACAAGAAUUUUAUAAUUAUUCAACAACUUAUUCUUAAAAGUAGUCAGUGUAAUAUUUGUUCCAAAAAAUGACCAAAAAUAUUUAAAAUGCCUUGAAGAGUUUUAUAAAUCCUAUAGAUCUUUACAUGUCUUGUUUUGUCAAGAAAAGUCCAAAUGACUUGAAACAUUCAGUUUAUUAUCAUUUAAGAUAAAGUAAAAAAGAAAAUCCUCACAUAUGUGAAGCAACCAAUUGUGAUACUUGUGCAUGAAGUUGAAAUGAGACUUUGAAUAUCAAAUUAGCACAAGGCAGUAUAUGUUCUAGACCAGGGGUGUCCAAACUGUGGCCUGGGGUCCAGAUGCAGCUUGUAGUUCAUUUUAAUUGGACUUCAGUAGAUUCUAAAAAUCAAAUUAAAUGGGGCCCGCAUCAGAACAUGAAGCUUUUGCUUGACGACCCCACAACUUAUCUUUGACACAGUGCUGCUGUAUUUGUGAUGUAAACAAACAUUUUGACAAGUAUGCUAUCAUCAAAUAUGGUGAAUGGCGCUCAUUUGCUCUGCUGCCUGCUCAAUCUUUGAUCAUGUUUUGUGUCUGGAAAUGGAAAUGUGCUAUCAGCUGUUGCAUUGUCAACUAUUAAUGAAAAGCUGGGAUGUAGGCUGUUUUGUAACUUAGUUACUAAGCAUAUCCUAGCCCAGCAUUUCUAAACCUUUUUUCCUGCUUUAAAAUUUCCCAAAAAUCUAAAGUCACCCCAGUCAAAAAGUACAAGUAAAAACAUGGGAGAAUUUACACCCUAAUGAUGUCCAAGGGAUUCAUGCAACAGAACUAACAAGAUAAAUCCAUAAAGCACCUCUCUCCAAACAAUUAAAAUACCUUUUUAAGACUUCAGAACACACUCUGAUGCAUUUUUAAACAUCACAAACGCCUGUGAAACUGCAAAUGCGUGAUUUUUGUUUACUGCAUACUGACAUAACCCAGUUCAUUCUCUAACUCUAACAGACGUGAUUUCAGAUUGAUUGAUCGUGAUUUGCAUAUUCUUGUUAAUUCUUUGUUGAAUUUAAACCAUUUUGAAGGCAGCCCUAAUGAUGCCAUGGCUACCCUGUUGAAAAAGGCUGUCUAAGCCAAUUUUGUCAUCAGUAUAACCAAUUUUUAAAAUUGGUAGGACCAAACUUGGUAAUUUAAAUACAUCAAAUAUGAGGUAUAUUAAAGUGGCCCAGUCAUCUUGGUGUUUUUCUGAAUGUGGCCCAUGGUCAAAGAAACGUGGACUCCCCUGUUCUAGAUAAAAACAGCUUCAGCUCUUAAUAAGAUGACAUUAAAAUGCCGCCUUUUAAUUUGACUGGAGACUUUGGUAGCAGCUCUGAUUCACAGUAAAGCUAAAUGACGUCCUGGUUUUACCUGAUUAACAAAUCAAAGUCUAGCACUGUAAGCCCCCUCCAUCUUCUCCUCCUGCUAUCCACGCAGCUCUCCUUGCACUUUACCAGUAACUCGUGUUUUGUGUGUAGUAUGUGCCAAGUGAUAGUUUUGCAAAACAGCAAUGACUUAGUUAAAAAAGAAAGUGUUGACCUGUUGAGUCUUGGUAGUAUAAUGGGCUUAUUUCCUAAAUUUUACCACACCUACUUAAAGUGACUUGAUCUCCCUUUACCAUUUCAUUGCUUGUGAGGCACUGUCUUGGUAUUAGUUCACUGAAAAAAGCCCUAUCAUACUUUAAUAUAUAUUUAUAUAAAAGUCAUAAUUUGCAAGCCUCUGUUUCUAUGCUACUGCCCUGCCAAACUGUAGUUUAAAAAGUGAACUAUUCUGGCUUAUUUCAUCUACAUGUACACUGAAAGAUGGUCCCCUGGUGUUGUACAUUUUCUGCUGUGUUUGAUUCUAAUUUGACAGCUAGGUGGCUCUUCAGGCAAGGUAGGCAUUACAGAUGAGCACCUGAACUCCAAUAAUUGCAGUAUUUUGUCAAAAACUUGAGCCACAGUGAAAUAGGUGUGCAUAAUCCAAACAUUUUCCCUCUUUUCAACAUUUAUAUCAUUUUUUUCCCCAAUAUUCCUCAUGUUUUGUUCCUGCAUUUCUUCCUUGUCUGAAAAUCAAACUCCUGUAUGCACAAUAUCGAGGGAGGAUCAGCUUUUGCUUGCCUGCACUUUUUUAUUUUAUUUUAAUAUCAAGUAAUUUGGGACCUCAUGACUACCAUGGCCAUUUGUCUUAACUGCUAAUACUCAGUUCUGUCAUAGGUGAGCUAUGCAUUGUGAAUCUUGGACCUGUGCAUAUACGUGUGAAGUAUUUUCAGACAUACUUGUAGUCCUGUACAGUUGAAUGUAUGGGCUUUAUUUUGUUUUGCAUCAUUCACUGAGCCUCAAACAGGACAAAAAGGCACUGCUGCAUCAACGUGGGUGAAAUUUAGCACGAUGGAAGGAUGAGUAGUAGGAGUGUUGAUGUUGAAAUGUGGAGGUAGGGCCGCUGUCUCGUUCGAGUGAUGCUGUAGCUUUAAGUCAUAAACAGAAACAUAGGGAGGAGACUUUAGUGGGACUCAAAGCUGUACCAUUUUCAGCUGAUAUGAUACUCCCUCUUUGAUUUUGUUUUUAAAGCAUAUCCUCUUUCACACGUUAUAUUAUACUGUACAUCCCUUUUUACAGCCAUAUUUUCAUUCCAUUGAUUGUGAAGUACACAGGGAGAUUAAUACAAUACAUUUUGAAAAAAAAGAAAAACAUUGUAAAUAUCACAUUGAAAAAAGAGAUCUACUUAAAAUGUACUGUACUUUCUAAACCCAUAUGAUAAUUUAUCUACAAUUUGUAGAUAUGUGUACUUUUGAUUUAAUAAAAUAAGAUGAUAAAACUGA